AUGGCAGAGUUGUUUCUGCUCGACCUCUGGUAUACAAAGGACUUAUCAAAAGAGUUAGGUUCUUCCAUCUCAGUAUGGUAUGACCCCUGGUUUUCCGACUCUCGCCGAGGCCAGCUAUCUGCAAACGAGUUAAUUAUACCCUCACCUGACGUGGCAACUGGAUACAAACCCAAUACGUGGGGUUGGUACUUUACAACAACGGGACGUUACACGGUCAAAUCAGGAUACAGUGUUUUACAGGAGCUCUCAGAAGAUGGAGCUCUACCAGUUUUCGGACCGGACGUCUGA